AUGACGUCAUCCUCGACGCCAGUAAAUGCUGCCCAAAAUGUACCCACCAACAACGAUGGUUCUUGGCAUUAUGAGAUUUUUCCACAGUUUUCAUCCAUUGGCGAUUUGGAAGAGCGGAAACAAGGCCGAACGACGCACCUGCGUGUGUGGCCGGGCUCACGGUAUCUCUUAGACUGGAUGCAAAAAGACAAAGUCUUUACGCAGUCUCCUGGACAAAUUCUCCUAGAAGAAGAUUCGGAUUGUCCCCGAGUGUUGCAAACGCCGCGAACGUCUUCAACGUCGAGGACAGCGUGUACUGCCACAAGAUCAGCUAGGCGUAAGGAUGCUUCUUGCAACGAUGCCUUGGAAGAAGCGUCCCCAAGAGAUAAAGCUCUACCAGAUUUCGAAGCAUCAGACAAUCCGGGACAAGAACACGACUAUGAUGCUCACAUCUGGCGCGUUCUUGAGUUAGGCGCGGGUACAGGCUGGAUGGGACUUACACUGGCGGCAAACCUGGGCCCCAAUCGAGUGCACGUAACACUGACAGACCUCUUGCACGCCCUCCCUGCCCUCCGAGCGAACGUCCGCGAGUCGAAGCUCUCAAAUGUUUCCUGUGAUUAUGCUUGCAAAUUAGAGCGGGAAUACAUGAAGUAGAUCAUAGAGACUCACCAUUUCGUUGAGCCUUUAAGAUUCCUUCUCUAUUUCCUGGCAGAAAAACUACAACGCUCUAAUUUGCGGCAUGUGAUUGGCAAGAUUUUAUGCCGUCCUUCGACUCGUGUGACUCUGAGAAAACAACUCGUGCUACCAGAAGACCGACGGAAUAUGAUCUUGUGAUCGGAACAGAGCUUGCAUGGCAAAUAGUGGGAGCUAAGGCGCUACCGUGGGUACUCAAAGCACACAGAUCUGCGGGGGCUCGUGUGCUUUACGGGCACCAGCCAGCUUACAGCAAAGUGGCACAUGCUACAUUCUUGGCUACGUGUGAAGAAGCGGAAAUUCUUCUGCGCGACCGAACCAUCAAGCAACCCGUCAGUAGCACUGAAAAUAGGGAAGCAGGGGCAGCACCUUCUCUUGAAGAUAGGGAACUUUCUUCCGGACGGGUAUUGGAGCAAACCAAAGAAGAAGACAGCGACGAAGAGGCGCCGUACCUCCACACGCUGCUCAACGACCCAGAGGAAGAGGACAUUAAGAAGAGUAGCAGUUUUCUCUUUCAGUAGCAACAUGUUGGCAUUUGCAGAUUCUCUAGUAACAAGUAGGAGGUUUGUUUUAUUGCUAGAAAUAGUUCCUCCUGCUCAGCUUCUCAAGGAGAAGGGCUAGCUUAAUUGUAAUUCUCUAGAUACCACGUGAGUGAGCAUGGUGCUGAAAGUCUACCUCUAAAUACGAGAACUCUGCCCGCAGUGUGCGAACGACUCAGGGAUUUACAAUAUAUGAAAUCAACUUGCUAUAGAUGACGUAGUGAAUGUGACUGUUUCUUGUUUUUACGCAGUUCCUUGUAGGAUCGAAAGUAAGUGUCAGACGACGAGAAUUCUUACAACAUAUUUACUGUGUUAGUGUUCUUCUACAACCAAGGCGAAUUCAUGGGGCACCACGAGUGUGAAAGUAACCGGCCUGACGCUACAACACAAAUGUACUAGAGGUGCCAACGAGUAUACACUACCUGCUAUUUGUAUCUUUAGAAUUACAUUGUGAUUAUCAUGAUUUUGAUAACUACUUUAAUGAUUGAUAAAGGAUUUGAGCAGAACGAAAUCAAGUGAAAGCUGAGUCCCGUCGCAGUGAGUUCUUCUGUUUGUUUACCUUUAUUAUUUUCCUGAGGAGGUCCCCCCAUCGCGACAAUAUCCUUGGCCCUUACUCUCGUUUAUGAAAUAUGUUUAUCGAUCAUCAUAUUUGUGGCAGUUCCUUCUCAAAUUUUUAUCUAAUGUGCUUUUAGUAAUUGAGAAGGCUCGUCGAAAGGUUAAUACUGAUCGAAUCAUGUUUCUUGUGAGUAAGUAGUUAUUUUCAUAGUUUUUCUCAGACACGUUCUUGGCAACAAAAUUUGAGCCUGAAAAAGUAAUGGUUACCUCGAGCCAUCGCACUAUCCAGUUGUGAGAAGAAUUAAUGACCCUGCGCGGUGUCGUAUGCACUGACACCUUUACCACCCCUCCAGCACUCUCAGACCGAAGGCGCGCCUGAUCUUCAUGAAGAAAAU